CUGACUGGAAAUACAGACAUGCUGGCUUGAUGGCGCUCUCGGCCAUUGGAGAAGGUUGCCACCAACAGAUGGAGGGAAUUUUAAAUGAGAUAGUUAAUUUUGUUUUGCUAUUCCUUCAGGAUCCUCAUCCAAGAGUAAGAUACGCUGCUUGUAAUGCAAUCGGACAAAUGGCAACUGACUUUGCACCUGGCUUUCAAAAGAAAUUUCAUGAGAAGGUCAUAGCAGCUCUUCUGCAAACCAUGGAGGAUCAAGGCAACCAGCGUGUUCAGGCCCACGCAGCUGCAGCGCUCAUAAACUUCACUGAAGAUUGUCCCAAGUCACUGCUUAUUCCGUAUUUGGAUAAUCUAGUGAAGCAUCUUCAUUCCACUAUGGUGAUAAAAUUACAAGAGUUGAUACAGAAAGGCACUAAGCUAGUUUUGGAGCAAGUUGUGACUUCAAUUGCAUCAGUUGCAGAUACAGCAGAGGAGAAGUUUGUUCCCUACUAUGAUUUAUUUAUGCCCUCUUUAAAACACAUUGUUGAGAAUGCUGUUCAGAAGGAAUUAAGACUUUUACGAGGAAAGACUAUUGAAUGCAUCAGCCUAAUUGGUCUUGCUGUUGGUAAAGAGAAGUUUAUGCAGGAUGCAUCAGAUGUAAUGCAGCUGUUAUUAAAGACACAGACAGACUUCAGUGAUCUAGAAGAUGAUGACCCACAGAUUUCUUACAUGAUCUCAGCGUGGGCCAGAAUGUGUAAAAUUCUUGGAAAGGAAUUUCAGCAGUACCUUCCUGUUGUCAUGGGACCUUUAAUGAAGACUGCAUCCAUUAAACCUGAAGUAGCUCUUUUAGACACACAAGAUAUGGAGAAUAUGAGUGAUGAUGACGGUUGGGAAUUUGUAAACCUAGGAGAUCAGCAAAGUUUUGGAAUUAAAACAGCAGGCCUUGAAGAAAAAGCAACUGCAUGCCAGAUGCUGGUUUGCUAUGCAAAAGAGCUAAAAGAAGGAUUUGUGGAGUACACAGAGCAAGUCGUAAAGCUGAUGGUUCCCUUGUUGAAGUUCUAUUUCCAUGAUGGUGUUCGAGUGGCAGCAGCAGAGUCGAUGCCUCUCCUCCUUGAAUGUGCUAGAGUUCGUGGGCCAGAGUACCUCACGCAGAUGUGGCACUUCAUGUGUGAUGCGCUCAUCAAAGCCAUUGGGACAGAACCAGAUUCAGAUGUUCUCUCAGAAAUAAUGCAUUCUUUUGCAAAGUGCAUUGAGGUAAUGGGAGAUGGAUGCCUUAACAAUGAACACUUUGAAGAACUUGGAGGAAUAUUGAAAGGAAAACUAGAAGAGCACUUUAAAAAUCAAGAAUUAAGACAGGUGAAAAGACAAGAUGAAGACUAUGAUGAACAAGUUGAAGAGUCAUUACAAGAUGAAGAUGACAGUGACGUUUAUAUUUUGACUAAAGUAUCGGACAUUUUGCACUCAAUAUUCAGCAGUUACAAGGAGAAGGUACUGCCAUGGUUUGAAAGGCUACUUCCGCUAAUUGUCAACCUAAUUUGUCCACAUAGGCCGUGGCCAGACAGGCAGUGGGGGCUCUGCAUUUUUGACGAUAUUGUAGAGCACUGCAGCCCCUCCUCGUUCAAGUACGCCGAAUACUUCCUGCGGCCAAUGCUGCAGUCCGUAUGUGACAACAGCCCAGAGGUUAGGCAAGCAGCUGCCUACGGGGUUGGAGUUAUGGCACAAUUUGGUGGGGACAGCUAUCGGCCUUUUUGCACAGAGGCGCUUCCAUUGCUGGUGAGAGUUAUUCAGUCACCAGAUGCCAAAACCAAAGAGAAUGUCAAUGCAACAGAGAACUGCAUUUCAGCUGUAGGAAAGAUAAUGAAGUUCAAGCCUGACUGUGUAAAUGUUGAAGAAGUCCUGCCGCACUGGUUAUCAUGGCUUCCACUCCAUGAAGAUAAGGAGGAAGCUGUUCAUACUUUCAAUUAUCUGUGUGACUUAAUUGAGAGCAACAACCCAGUUGUCCUCGGUCCCAACAACUCUAACCUUCCCCGAAUAUUUGGUAUAAUUGCGGAUGGUGAAAUUCAUGAAGCUAUUAAACAUGAAGAUCCAUGUACCAAGCGGUUGGCUAAUGUUGUUCGCCAAGUGCAGACGUCUGGAGAACUGUGGACAGAAUGCAUAUCACAGCUCAAUGCAGAUCAACAGGCAGCCAUACAGGAGCUCCUGCACUCUGCUUGAAGGGCCUUAAUUAUCAUCUGCAAGAAAACUAACUCCAAAUAAACGUUUACCCUAUUGUUUAGGUUUCUUUUGUUUCUUUUUUGAGUAAAACCAGAACUGUAGCACGUGUAGGCCAUUCUUCUGCAACCUACAGGCAGUGGCAGCAGGAAGAAGCAUUCUUUCAGAACGGUGUUUAAAUCGGUUUCUAUCCCGCAACAGGGAAGAAGUUUCCUGUAAACCCUACGAUAGCACUGAAGAGUAUUUUUCUAACAGUAUAAGCCAUCCAUACGAUGGCAAAAGGGAAACAAGUUGAAUUUUCUCAUUAGACAUAAGGAAUUAAGAAACAGCUUUAAGACCUUCAGCAGUAGAUGUACGUUAUAACAGAUAAACGUUUCUCUACAUCUAGUGUUAAUUGUAUUAAUUGGAGUGUGAGUCUUUGUAGGGUAGAAAGCGUCCUUCUGCCCAACGCGUUAGUAGAUCAAAAGAUGAAAACCUGAAGACAAACAUCAAGCAUGAAGACCUCAUUGACCGCACUUUCAGAUUCCCAAAACCAACUUGUACAGUGACUCAAUGAGGAAAGCUGUUCAGCUUCCAGCCCUUGAAUGUGAAGUCUCUUUGGCAUGUCUGACAGUAUCUCAUUCACUCCUCAAUAAAUGACAUUGAAACACGAGAAGCUUGUGUAGAAGUUCA